AUGGGCCUCAGCUCGCUCGGCCGAUACCCGCACGUGUUGAAGACGAUCGCCUUUGUGGUGCUCGUGAUCCUGGCGGGCUUUCUCUGGGCUCACGAAUCCUCAUCGCGACGUGCCCAGUUGACCACGUGGCAAAUCUUGCCCUACCUGCUCGUUUUGACGUUCGUCUACGAGAAGCGCGAAUAUUUGGAGGAGCACCCGAGCUGGCCAUUUUGGGAGGUGUUCUUCUCUAUUCUCUUCCUGGGGGUGUCGCUGCUGAACACGACGGUCAUCGCCGUGGCGACAUUUCGAGCCCCUGAUUGUCUUUCUUACGUUGCACUGGUAGUCUCGGCGAUACUGGUCGCGAUUUGGCUGUGGAAUUUUCUGCACUUUUCGGCUAGGGCAUGCCGACGAUACAGGGUGGUCCGGAAAGAGCCGCCGGAAGGGGAAAACGGCAGUUUUCGCGGCAUGUCACCACCGAGAAUUACCGUUGAAGAGCCGUCAGAUGCU